AUGGAAUCAAAAUUAAUAAAUUUAACUUCAAUAUCCCAAAAAGCAUUACAAGCUGGUGAAAAAUUAUGUCAUAAAGCUGAUAAUCUUGUAAAAGAAUGUAGAAAUGACGUUGAGAACAUUGAAAUUAUAUAUCCAAAACUUCGCUUCUUAUGGGGUGAAUUAGGUGUACAAGUUCAGUCGGUUCAAAAACUUAAAAAAAUCGCCGAAAAACAAAAUGGAAUUUUACAUGAAUUUUAUUCGAAUAAAGAACAAGAAUUAUCCAUUAUAAUCGAUAAGCUUGAUAAUACUCUAGAAAGUUUACGACAUAAACGUGUGGAUCCUAUUAUUCGAGAAAAUGCUAUCGCAAUAGAACGAGCAAUGGCUCGUGAAAAUAAUAGUAAUUUUUUAGGUGAUUUGGAAAAGGAUGUAGAAUUUGAUCUAAAAAGAAAAGAUUUUGAAGAAAAAGUUUAUUUAUUUGAUUACGUACAAGAACAAAGUGUUCAAGAUUUGAAAUCAAAAACACAAGAAGAAGUAUCUGCUAUUCAGCAAUAUUAUAUAACUAGUUCUAAAAUCCUUGAAAAUGUCAACACUCAACAGAAACAAUUAGAUGAAAUGCUUUUAAAUAAUAAUAUCUCUCUUGAAAAAUCUGGAAUAGAUUUUGCUCGUGAAAAAUUUAUAGCUCUUGAACAAGAGGCAACUACUAUGGCUGAGACAUUAGUUUCAUUGGCAAGAAAUUAUGAUCAAGUUUCUUCUGCAUUGAAUGAAGAAGUGCGCGUUAUAAAUCAUAUUUAUCGUGCAUCGUAUGACGAAGCAAAUAAAUUAUUUUCUGAGUUGGAUGGUUUUGGAAGUAGUUUUGAGAAUAUUUCAAACACAAUCAAAGAACUUGAAGCCGACUUUGAAAAAGGCUCUGUAAUAGUGGAUCGUUUACUAGAUGAAUUAUUAAACCUUAACAUGGCAUAUGAUCACAUGAUAGUGGAAAUUGACCGACGUCAUAAAGUUAAAGAACAACAUGAAAAAUUGAUAGAAGAUUAUUCAAACAAAUUAGAAGGAUUAUACCUUG